AUGAGCUUUGGAUUGCCGACUGGUCAAUUAUUCAAGAGCAACAAUCUCCACUCUUGGUGGGACUUGCAUCGUCUGACCGAGAUCGAAGCUUUUAAGGCUCAGUGCAACGACCUCACAUUCAAGGUACUGUCCUGCUUUGCAUGGCACAUGGGUCUACCAAAGGACUUCUUUACCACGUCCCACCAGGAUGGCCUUCCCAGAAACACCCUGAAAUUUAUCAAGUACCCCAAAUUGGCUAUCAAGCCGGACGACGCAGUUCCCCGUCUCACUGAACACACUGACUGGGGCAGCAUCACGCUUUUGUUCACUGAUUCCCCAGGCUUGGAAGUUUUGGAUCCACAGGAUCAAUGGCACGAAGUCCCGCAGCUCCCAGGAGGUAUUGUCAUUAACAUCGGGGACGCCCUUUCUCUCUGGACCGGCCAGCAACUCAAGUCAACGAUGCAUCGUAUCUCAUGGGAAAAGGUUCCGGUGGACCAGGACCGCUAUAGCAUGCCAUAUUUUGUUCACCCCAACUUUAGUAAGUGCCGGGCCACUCCUUUGGGGCAAAGAUUGAUUUUGUCCUGUGUGCUCCUUUGUGAAAAGUGUUUCAUGCUGACCGCAGGAACUGGUAGCCACCAACCUCAGAUCUCUCAGGGCGCCCGAGAGUAUGGAGGCAAAGGAGAUCACAUACAAAGAUUAUUAUAA